CUUAUAUUCUAAAUUCUUUGCAGGUUAAGGAACUAAUGGGACUGGAUUACAGCUAUACCCAGCCUUCUGAAUCGGAGGAGUAUGGUGAAAACUCAGCAGACAGUGGCUACAGCCAAACAGAAGAUGAUAUACUACUGGACCAAGCUGAGAUUGAUGCCGCGCGACGUCAGUACCCUCCGCAGCCUGAGGUUGAGUUUGGAUUCCCGAAGACAUGCUACUGUGGUGGCGACCCUCUUGUAGCAACCUCUUACACCAGAAAUGAUCCAGGCCGAAGGUAUUACACGUGUGAGAAUGUUGACGACGGAGAGUGCCAUGUUUGGAAGUGGUGGGAUGUGGCGGUUAUGGAGGAGAUGAGAGCCAUGGAUAGACAGUAUGGGAAGCUGUCUGAAAAGGUAGAUUAUCUUAACUUUAUGAGUGAUUAUGAGACACACCUUAGGCAGGUUAAGGAUCUCCAUAAUGACAAUAAGCAGAAACUGAUUAGGCUUGAGAAGAUAGUAUGUGACUUAGCUAAGAAGAAAUCAAGGGUUAGGAAUGGCUUAGAAUUCGUUGUUGGUGUAAUGGUUUUCGUUGUAGUUGUUGCUGGAAUGGUCCUCAUGUUUAAGUAAAGGGUUACGAGUGGCGUACAACUCGUUGUUGCUGUCUAAUGUUUUCAACGAAUUGUUGUUGCUGUCUAAUGUUUCCUAAUGAAUAGGAUUGUUUUAUGUUGAGAAUGUUUUUAUUGUAAUAUGUGUGUAAUGUAUGGAACAGAACAAGUCCAAUGUUUCGACUAUGUAAUAUGUCCUUGUAAUGUUUUCGAUUGUCCAAUGUUUGUAAUAUGUAUUCUGUUGUGGUAAAGUGACAAGAGCGACUUUUUGUGGUAAUGAACAUGUCAAAUGUUUUCAGCUAAAAGACCAUUAAAAUUCAUAACCGAAAGACCAACAAGAAGAACAACAAUUGUAGAUUUAUUUAUUUUUUGGUAAAAGACAACAAUGCUAGAUUACUUGAAGAUAUUUCAAGGAGGUUCACAUGUAUUUGUUUCUUUUGACAUUUGUAACGAAAAGACCACAUGUAUUUGUUUGUUUCUUCCACAAGAAAACAACUAAGUAUCACAAGAUGAAUACUUCUAAAAAAUCAGCAUCACGGGAGUUUCACACAUGAUGCUAUAAGUAUGGUACUUGAUACGCCCAAAAUAAGGAUCACUCUUUCGGUAAGGUUGAUAUGAACUCAGAUCCGAGAGGAUUGAAAACUGAUGGA